AUGUCUCGUGUCGAAUUCAAGAGCAAAGGUAUCACCAUUGUCGGAAAUCUUUACCUUCCCGCCAGCAACGCCCCAAACCGCAAACGUGCCGCCAUUGCAAUCGGCCAUCCUAUGGGUGGCGUAAAGGAACAGACUGCCGGUCUACACGCCAAAAUCCUUGCGGAGAAUGGAUUCAUUGCAUUGACCUUCGACGCCGCCUAUCAAGGUGAAAGUGGAGGUGAGCCUCGCGGUCUUGAAGACCCCUUCCAGCGCGCCGAGGACGUUCGAAGCGCCGUGACUUUCCUUUCGAUCUUCCCUGAGGUUGAUCCUAAUCGCAUUGGUGCACUCGGUAUCUGCGCUUCGGGUGGCUAUGUUCCUUUCGCUGCACAAACCGACGUUCGAAUCAAAGCUGUCGCUACAAUUAGUGCCGCUGAUGUCGGUGAUCUUUUCCGCGAGGGGAUGAAAGGAACCGCCAUGCAGUUCAACCGCGAGUCCUUGAAAAACACCCUCCAGGAGUGCGGCCAGGCGAGAAUCGUUGAGGCAAAGGGAGAAUCCGUUCCCAUGCGCCCGCUCCUUCCUGACAGUCCUGAAGGAGUCCCGGAUUCCGUUCCUACUUUGUUCAAGGAAGGCAGCCAUUACUAUCGCACCCCGCGAGCUCAGCAUCCGAGAUCGAUUAACCGGUUGCCAGUCCGAAGUAUGGAUUUGAUUGUAAACUAUUCGUCAUUUGCCUUUAUGGAUUUGAUCUCUCCGAGGCCGCUUUUGAUGAUUGCCGGAACAGACGCGGAUACACUGUACUUCAGUGAAGAGGCAGUUGCUCGGGCGAAGGAGCCCAAGGAGCUUUACAAAGUCAAGGGGAAGACUCAUAUUCAACUUUACGAUGAUGUGGAUGAACAUAAGGAGAAGCUUGUUGAUUUUUUUGUCAAGACCUUGGCCUGUUAA